CCUUCUUCUUUGCAUGGGCUGAAGCAUUAUUUGUAAGUGACUGUGUGACUGUGAAGAUGUCUCGCACGUGCUCACAGUGCGGUAACAACGGUCACAACUCCCGCACAUGCACCGAUGGUGGCGCCGCCGCAUCCUGCGGCGGCGGAUGCUCGCCGAGAGAGAACGGGAUCAUGCUGUUCGGCGUGCGAGUCACCGAAGGGAACAACUCCUCCUUCAGGAAGAGUGCUAGCAUGAAUAACCUCUCCCAAUACGAGCAGCCGCCGCCGCAGGACUCCAACGCCGCCGACGCCGGCUACGCCUCCGACGACGUGGUUCACGCCUCCGGCCGAAGCCGCGAGCGCAAGCGAGGUGUUCCUUGGACUGAGGAAGAGCAUAAGUUGUUCCUGUUGGGUUUACACAAGGUCGGCAAAGGUGAUUGGAGAGGGAUUUCUAGAAACUUCGUCAAAACUCGGACACCAACUCAGGUUGCCAGUCAUGCUCAGAAGUACUUCCUCCGCCGCCACAAUCAGAACCGCCGCCGCCGGAGAUCUAGCCUUUUUGACAUCACCACCGAUACGAUGAUGGAAUCUUCUACCAUAAUGGAAGAAGAACAAGUUCAACAAGAAACGAUGCCACCACCAACACCGGCCGCAUAUCCGCCGUCACAUUACGGUGGCUUCUCCGGCUCCGCUUUCCCGAUGGCUCUGACUCCGGUGGUGUUGCCGGUGUCGGGUGGUGAGAGACCAGCGAAGCCGAUUAGGCCAACGCCGAUUUUGCCAAUUCCUCCGUCUUCCAAGUUGGCUAACUUGAACUUGAAAGAGAAAGCUUCUCCUCCUCCUCCUCUCAUUGAGCCUCUGCCAUUGUCGCUGAAGCUUCCACCGUCACCGCCGUCAAUGGAGCAGUCGCCGCCAGCUACUAGCCUUUCAUCGCCAUCGUCGUCGUCCUCGGCUUUUCAGGCUAUGUCUGCAGGAAAGUUCAGCGGUGGUGGGGAUAGUAUUAUCACUGUUGCUUGAAAAGAAGGAAAAAAAAAAAAAAACAGUGUGAUUUAAUAACUUAAAUUGGGGUUUGUAAAUUACGGUUAAAGUUGGAAAUGUACCCAAGAGACAAAAAAAAUUGAAGAUAAGUUAGAGAUUAAUUAAUUAAUUAGAUGAGAUAAUUUAUGUAGGAGGGAAGGGAGAUAUGAUUAUAUGAAUAUGAUGAUGAUAUUAUGGUAAAAAAUGGUUAGGUUAUGUAGGUGAUUAAUUAGGAGAUUAAAUUGUUGGUUUUGAUGUAUAGCGAUAAAGGAGAGAGAAGAUGGGUUGUCAUAUUCUGUAGGUGUUGGAGGGUUGUUCUUGUUUCUAUUUGUUUGGGGUGGGAGUGUGACCGUGAGAUGAUAGGGGACCGGGUACUCUUGCUCUGCUAUUGGUCUGUUUAUUGCAACUUGGGGUUCUUUAAAGUAUUAGCUUAGGCAAAGAGGAAUAUAUUAUGCUCAAUCUUCUAUUCUUGCGCGUCUGCCAUUGUGUUCUUUUCUUUUUUUCCCCUUUUGUUUGGUUGGACAUUGUUCAACUAUUAAUUC